CCACUCCUCCGUUAGCAUACGGCGGCUGGCACUGAUUGCUAGCUGGUGUUCCGCGAUGGCAGUGGACUUGCAAGCUUUGGCGCUGGAAAAAGCCGAAAUACUGUCUAGCCGUGUGAAAGAGCUCCUGUCUUCCGGGCAAGGGUACAUUCGAGCCCAGUUCGGGGUUGAUUUGGGUCUGAAGCCCGAGCUGUACCCGACAUGGGUCAUCCUCUCCACGGCGGCGCUGGGUCUGCUGCUGCUGCUCGCUCUGUCAUGGGCCGCCGUCUGUGGCGGACUGGUGGCCGGGAAAAAGCGGGGAUCCUCGGUCACCCAAGCCAGCGGCGAGCCAGUCAGGGCCCACUUCACCAAACCUGCCAAGCCAGAGGAGCAGAAGAAGAGGAACAAAAAGAAAUCAGCCGAAAAGAAGGCUCAGUCUAAUGGCAGACCAGUGACUGUUGCUCAGGAGGAAGUGAAAGUCAUCGAGCCGGUCACCAAGCCAUCCCCAGAGAUCAGAGCUGAGAAGGUGCAUGUAGUGCAGGCCCCAGUGCAGGUGAAGAAGAACAAGAAGAAAGCCAAGGCAGAUGUGAAACCAGCCCAGAGUGUAUCUACCACUGAUGGAAAGGAAACCGAUGAUGGCGCCUGGGAAACUAAAGUCAGCAACCGUGAGAAGAGGCAGCAGCGCAGGAAGGAAAAGGGCUCUGAGGAUUCUGGGAGCCCAGGAGGGGUGGAUGCCCCCAAGACCCAUGUGGAGGCGCCUGUAGCCCCAGCCCCUACCAACGUUAAGAAGAACAGAGGAAACCAUGAGUCCCUGCAUUCAAGAGCCAGUGGGAAGAUGGAUGCAGGCAGUGGACCAGUGUCGUCCAGCUGGAGGGAGGAGCCGUCAGUCAAUGGCGGAGGGUGGGCUGACCUGUCCCUGAAGAUCUCAGGUCAGAUCGGCGCGAUGGAGGGGGACAAGUGGAGUACCAUUAGCACAGCUCCACGGCACAGGGCCCAACCUGACACCCAGUCCUGGUGCCAGAAGACACAAGCAUCAUGGAGUGGCAUUGACGGUCGAAUGAAGACUGACCUCAGCCCCGUGUCCUUCUCCAUGCUGGGACUAAACGCGACAGAGCCCAUAUCAAAUUCUGUUGACCUGAAGUGGGCCAACCAGCCUAAUGUUGAUGACGAAUGGUCUGGAUUCAAUGGAAUGGCAGCAGUGGACCCCAGCUCCGACUGGAACGCCCCAGCAGAACACUGGGGGAACUAUGAAGAGGCCCCUGUGUUGGUGACACCAGCAUCUCAACCCAAGGAACAGCCUGUCCUCAACAAGGUGUCAGAGGAUGAGAAAGAGACUGAGGAUCCUGCUGGAGGAGCUGCGAAAUCUAAAAAGAAGCGGAGAAAGAAGAAGAAAACAGAGGAGGAGGCUGCUGCUCCUGUGACAAGCAUAAUUAACCUCAAGCCGAACACGAUACCCAAACCCCAAGAGCUUCCAGUUGUGGCCUCCAACAAGCAGUCUGCUAACAUGCCCUCCUCUCAGAAGAAGUCUGAGCUGGUGAUGGAGCCUCCAAAGCCGUCCCAGAAGAAGAAGGUGCGAAGAGAAACAUGAAAUCAGAUCACAGGUCCAUAUAAAUCAUAUGCAAAAUGAUUGUUAAGUGUGUCAAAUGCAAUAAUUUCCAGGUACAGAUUUUUUUCUGUGAGAUAAAUUGACUGUAAUUUUUUUCAAUUACAAAACAAAGAAAACUAGCAGUGGAUACCAACUGCUUGGCUCACUGUAGUGAAACAUGUGGUCCUAUGGACUGAAAUACUGAAAUCUUAUCCGAUUUGCACUACACGCUCAACUGCAGACAGCAGGGUUUCCUGAGAGGUGGAUUUGCAGUGGAGGUACACGUUGAUAUGUAAUUAUUUUCAAAGGCAUCAAAAAUGGUGUUUUUUUUUUUUUUUUUUUUUUUUUCUAAGCAUUUAUGUUUAUCAUUUGUAAACCCCAAAGUACAAAGGGUUUUUUACGGUCUUGGAUUUUAUUUUAUAAAAUGUAAAGUUACAAGAGAUGCUUAUAUUGUUCCCCCAGUCUGUUGCACUUUGUACUGACUGCCAAGCUGCUGCCCCUGUAUCAAUUAAUGAAAGUUCUUGCAGCAGGCUGCUUGUUAAUGCUGGUCUCAAAUCAGUUUAACAUGUUUAUUUACAGAGGCAAAAUUUGGACUGUGGAUGUGAUAAACUGAUUACUGAUCUCUACCGACGGAGUCCUUUGGUUAACAGUACUUUAGAGAGCAGUAGCUAAUAUCAACCAGCUGGAGGCGCUGUAACGUGAAGUUAAAGCGUAGAGAGAUUCUCCUACCUGCAGUGGCACUAGUAUUUUCUCAGUACAUUUAUCUUCUGAUUAUGUAUUUCUUUACUGGUCUAGACUGUGCAUAGACGUUCUAGAGACAUUUAUGGUCCCUAUUGCACUCUAUAUGAUUUUUUUAACAAAAUAUUUAUCUUCCAAUCUUUGUGCUAGAAAAAGCCAUGCCAUAUGUACAGAUUGUAAGGGCUUUUUCCAGUUCUGUGAUUGCACUGUGCAAAAGGCUGUACUGAGUUUCCUUGAUGUUGAUGCGUUGUUUUUUAUGACCUUUUUGCGGAAUGUGAAAUGACUAAAUUUUGGUUUUGAAAUGACUUCCCGUGUUUCUGAUGGGGAUCAUGUUUUGUGAUGGAAAAUGAAAGUGUGGCAGGGAGCUGGUAUGGAGCAGCUUUAAUUCCACGUUGGUUUUAGGAAUUGAAUUCCAUUGCCUUAACCUGUAGUUGUAUAGUAUGUGCAUUGGCGUCCUUUUUUAUAGUUUCCAUCCAACUGCAAGUUUUGAUGUCAAAAUGAAUUUCAUCGAGCAUGACUUUGAUAACCAUACUUGUGUACAUUAAAUUAAAUGAGCAGAUAACUUGCUGUAACUUGUAGUACUUGCUCUUGGAGUACCCAGUCAGUGUAUAUAAUAGGCUUUGCAAGGACAAAAAAUGAGGCUUGAGUCUUAUCCAUGGACAUCGAGCUCAAUAAAAAAUAACACUGAUGUGUUGUGGGCAGGCUUGUGCAGGAGUGUGUAUUCAAAGAGCCGUAGUGGAUCAAGCUGUUGAUUGGCUGGUGGUGGUACAGUAUUUUUUGCCUAUAGCUAUUAGUAGACUUGAUAGAUGAUAAAAAAAAAAAAAAGAUGAUAUAUCAGUAUAGCUACAGACACCCAAUUUCUUUUGUUAAUACUGAUGAUUAAGAUUAUUCAAUCAUUGUAUUUAUAUACUUGUCCUUAGGAUAUGAUUUUGAGAAUGAUUUUGUUUAUCGAAGAAAUACAAAUAUUUCUAUGUUUGUUUGGUAAAGUUGAAAAAUAAAUGAAAAUAAUGCUUGAUAUCA